AUUGUAGUUAUAAUAGGGUUGACAAGAAUUAUGUUAGUUAUGUUGAUGUUGUGACACAAUGGGUUUUAUUAGGAACUUGGAUUGGAUGGCUUGGACACCAGUUUGCGUCGACUUUCUUGCUUCAGCGUACUAAAAAUGAGAGGUGUAUUUUCGGCUUAAAACGGCUUCGUUUCGCCACUUACUGCAUCUUAUAGCUCACGGUUCCUAUCUCUGCUCUGCAUCCACCAAAGUCUUCUUCUUGUCGUUGCCCCUGCCUAUUGUUCAGUGGAAGUGGAAUAUCCAUAACCUUUGGUACUUUGGUUGCACACGACACUUUUUAUUGCAUUCUUCUACAACAAAGCUUCAUGAACACACUUUUUUUAUUAGCCGGUUCAAGAAGAUGAAGUUGUUUUAUCGCCUUCCCCAUCUCAGCACUUCUGCAGCACAUCUACCUGCACGUUAGUCUCCUUCUUUUUCAUUGAGAAAUUUGGCUGCAUCUGACCAUGUUAGAGUGUCAUCAACAUCAUCAUCUGCAGUGCUUCUAUCAUAGUAAGGCCUUAUCUUGUUAGUUCUCCACUUGCUGAUUGCUGUUUGAAGAAGGUGAAGCUGUUGCCCUGUUGGUGUUCCCCCCUCUCGAGUCUGAUUAUCGGUCGGUAAUUGAAAGUUGAGAGCAUCCAUGGUAGUAAUUUUAGAGUGCAGUUAGUGUGGUUGGUUAAUCUACUGAGUUGCUGUGAAUUGUGGAGUCCUUCACACCCAUCAUUCAUCACCAUCUCAGACUCGUCACUGCAAUCGUCUGGUUGUGCUUCGACCGACCACACACGGCUAGGCUAUAUAGGAUACCAAGUAUUUUACCAUAAUAUGUCUCAUCAGGUAAAGCUGCUUGCCUACUUUGUCAAAGUUGACAUGAUAAAUAGUGUCCUGCAUCCAUCAAGUCAUUGUUUUCCAAUUUUAUUUUAAUUUAUUUUGUGUUGGAUGACUCUUGUAAAUUGAUGAUCCGGAUUGAGAUUGAGUGGAUAAAAGAUCCUGAAAGUUUGAAUUUUGGAAUCAUAAACUGUUUAGAUGGGAAUUAGUGAAAGAAAACAUUGAGAUGUUAGUGGAUGUUGCAAAUGGAAAGAGAUCUUCUCCGGAUCUCUUCCACCAAGGCCAUCAGAUCAAGUGAUCCGGACCUUUGAAAUUUCAUCAAACAGUCCAAAAUUAUUAUAGCAUUUAAGGGAUCAAACAGGUGGGCCGUUGGAUGAAAUUUCAAUGUCCGGAUCACUUGAUCUGGUGGCUUUGGUGGAAGAGAUUCGGAGAUGAUCUCUUUCUGUUGCAAAUAAUUACGAAUCGAAUGUGUAUUAUAUUUUAUUAUUUUCAUGGAAUAUCCCAAGAAACCACUCUUAUCCGGUGCUUGCAAUAGAAUCAGAUCAGCCAUCGGAAUCGUGCUUCAAAAGCUCCAGUUUCGUAACCCUCACUUUCAUCACCUCCUUUCCUCUCCUCUGAUUGAUGAUUGGAGACUUACGCAUGAUUAGCUUCAUACAUCGUUGGAGAAGGUUUUGAAUUGGGUGGUUUGCACAUGUUACUACCAUAAUUGCAAAAUUCGUCAGAGAGACGAAUGUUGCCGUACAAGAAGAUGGAUGCAAAGUAAUCGAUCCAAAUAUGCCUUAGGAAGAGGUCAUCGUAAAUUCUGUCGCAAUGAUUGAAACUCAUAAGUCACACCAAGUAGUAGUGUUACUGUCACGCAAAAAAUAUUUCUCGCCCCAAAGGGUCUUAGGUUCUCUUGGAUUUUGUGUUUGUUUUUCCGAGUUGGUGUCUUUUGCCUUCUUACGUCUUAUGUUUGUCUCUGUUCUCCCAUUGUCCUCUACUUCUUUGGACAUUUCAGUGAAUUAAGAGUGCAUUAGCAACUUUAUUUACAUGAUCUGCUUUGGAUCUUCAUCCCAAAUUAAGAAAAUGAGAAGCAACAGCUAGACUUCUCCCGUUGCAAUCGAGAAUAAAACUCGAUUUUUUAUCCUACGUUUUGUAUCACAGCACUACCCAAGACUUCCAUAUAUACUGAAGAGGAAGCAGUUCAUAGUAUCGAAACGGAGGGAAUGGAGAUCCCAAGAUUUUCCGAGAUGAAGCUGUGGUUUCGUGACACCAUUGGCGUGAUCGGAUCAGCCGCGAACAUCCCAUUUCGAAAUCCCAGUUUCAUAACAUUCGUACUGAUUACCUCCUUUCCACUAUUUUGUAUGACUUUAGUACCAAGAUUGCCUUCUAGCCAGCCUCCUUUGAUCAUGGAGGAGGCGGCAAUUCAGCUAAGAGUUCUUACUCACCACCCCAAAGGUCACAUGAUUCAACUUCUGAGAGUGUACCUUUCUGAACUUGUUAGUUUCUUCACUGCACUCACAACUAUAUAUGCUGCUUCAACAGUCUACAUUAGUAGUGAUAGGUGGAAAGUGAGUCUCCGAGAUCUUCUUCGAAACUCAAUAACCAAAACAAGGUGGCGCGAGCCCAUGUUUACAUUCUUGACUGUGUCCCUCUUGUCACACAUUUGUUUAAGUUCUGUUUACUAUUGGCAUCAUCACGCGAAGCCAUUGCUUUCGUCAAGCUGCUCAAACAGGUUCUUGCAGGCUAUAAACAUGGUGGUUCCUGUUGUGGCCUUUGAUAAAUGGGUGGAGUACGGCGCUUGGUGGAAUCUGAGUGUUGUGGUUUCCAUUUUAGAGAAGGAUAACAGAGGUUUCGAAGCCUUUUCAGAUGCAGCGGAGUUGAGCGAAGGAAAUACAAGAAGAGGGUUCGUUUUGAUGCUUUUGUAUUGUGUUUGGAGCUCCCGUUUUCCGACCCUCAUUGCAAAAUGCACUUUUCCAAGUGUAAUUGCAUAUGAUGUUCUUGACACAAGCUUCCUGUGCUUGGGGAAGGUUAUGAAUUGGGUGGUUCUCACGGUUUAUUACUACGAUUGUAAGAACCGUCACAAAGGGUUGCCAUAAAUUCCUAGGAUUUUAACACUAAGAUCUCGUAGAGUAAAAUCACUGUGUGGGGAAGAUGAUAACUGCUUAAAUCGAUUAAUUAGCGAACGUGUACCAUUGUCAACUAGAAUGUUACUAAAACCUAUACCGGUCUACCCUAUAACUUGAAGAGGAAGGAGUACCAUAAUGGCAAGAAUUGCCGCAGAGAUCGACAAAGAUUGCCCUAUCUAGAAGAAAAUAGAGGAUACGAAGUUGUCGAUAGAAGAAGAUUGAUGUAAAUUAUGUAUUUCUCAAAGUAGCUUGUAUGAUUUACAGUUCUUAUGUAUUUCAACUUGUCCUGUACUUUGUGGAGACUCCUGUAUGCUUUGGUUCUUAAUCCCAAAUAAGAAAAUGGGAGGCGUCAGCCGGCUAGACUUAGUACUGGUUUGGCACUGAUGUGCUUUUAUAAAA